AGUGAGAGCUCUCGCUUCGCAUAGCUCUCUGCUCCUGACCUUCUCCCAUAAUGCAGCGGGGGGAGACUGAAGGCGCCUUCUGCGGCUCAUGCAUGAUCGUAAAGAGAAAGGAGAAAGAAGAGGCCUGGACUGGAGGAAAACCAGCUCAUGCAGAACCGUAUCAACCGGCUGAUCCUCCGGGGAAACGCGGCUGACGCUCGUCGCUCUGCAGCUCGGUGUUCAGGGCAGACCUUGCAGACAUGGCUCCUUUCAGCGUGAUGACGGCGGGUGUUAGCCUGCUGGCUAAGUCCUUCAGUGUCUUCUGCAGCAGCACUACCACUUUGGCAAGGUGUACAAGUGUGCUCCCCGCUCCAUUCCUCAGCACAGUGAGGUGUUUGACCUCCCAGGCCAGUGGCCCCCCAAAGCGGCCCCUGAACGGGUACAUGAGGUACCUUCAGCAGCAGAAGCCCAUCGUGACCAGACAGCACCCAGAAAUCAAAUCGGUGGAAAUCGUCAAGAAGAUUGCCCAACAGUGGAGAACUAUGACCCCGGAACAGAAACGGCCGUUCGAGGAGGAGUCUGUCCGGGCCAGGGAGAAGUUCAAAGUGGAAUUGGAGCGAUACCAGGCCCAGCUGACCCCGGCACAGAUCCAACAACAAGCCUUGGAGAAGAGGCAGAGGAUGGCCAAGAGGAAGGCAAUCCGUAAGAAGAGGGAGUUGAACAGCCUGGGGAAGCCCAAACGCCCUCGUUCUCCCUUCAACAUCUUCAUGUCAGAGCACUUUGAGGAGGCCAGAGGAGCCACCAUGCCGGCAAAGAUGAAGUCACUGAUGGACGACUGGAGAAAUUUGUUCAGCCAUCAGAGACAGGUCUACACACAGCUGGCGGAGGAUGACAAGAUUCGCUACAAGAACGAGAUGAAGUCGUGGGAGGACCACAUGGUGGAGAUCGGGCGGGACGACGUCAUCCGCGAGCAGACCCUGUCUGCCAAGAAAUCACGUGCCGCUAAAAAAAAGACAACAGCCAAGAAAGCAACAAAGAAGCCUAAAGCUAAAGCAGAAAAGAAGGCCACAGCGAAGGGAACAUCGAAAACAGCUGGGGGGAAAACUAAAACUAGCUCUACAAAGACUACUAGGAGUACGAAGAAGGCGUAAGACGUGUUGAUCUACUGAAACCAGAGAAGCUAAAGUGUGUUCGUGAUAGUUGGAGGCUGGGAAACCUCAAACCCGACCCUAUCCUCUUUGUUUUUCUAACUUUGAGGUCGCAAACUUGCCGGUUGUCAUGACACCUUCUUAGGUUUAACAGGACAAACCUUUCACUAACAUUCAGAUGGAAAAUUGUGGAGACCUGGAAUGAUUUCCCGAUGCUUGUCAAAGCCACUCUCCAGUAAAUUUGGUACAUUUUCAAACAAGCCCUGCAGACAGCCAAACAUGAGCAACAACCAAUUCUUGACUGUUGAAAAUUUACAUAUAUACAUCCUGGCGCAGAUUCACUGUGUCCCUGAAAAUGAUGCUGCUUUUUGAGAUGGAGCAUAUCGCAAGUGUGGAGGUGUGAGGUGAUUGGAGGCCUUCCCAAACAGGCACAUACAUUCAUACAUUUUUUGUACAUUUCUGCCUCCAUAAAGUCUCAUGAUCCUGAGCAUAACCACAGUAAACUUAAGGGAAUGUAAAAAUGAGUUGCCGUCCCAAAAACCCAUCACAUUGUUCUAUGUUUGGUAUUUCAGAAGUGUUGGUAUAAAGAGUUUGGAUGUUGUAUUUUUUUUAGUGAUUUGAGCUCCACAGUCCCGCUCGUUGGCCAUCGCUGUAUAACUGGGGAGUGUUUACCUCUGACCUUGAGAUUGGAGAUGUGGAGGGAUGUGUUCCAAGUCUACAACCAGCACUUACUCCUGGGCGACAGGCAGUAGCGUAGUUCUCAUAAAUACAACCUGACCAAACUCUGUCUAUCAUCGUGUGUGUUGUGCAUAAGCUUGUAAAGUAGCAACUUCAAACUGUGAAAUAUUUGUCAUUCAUGAAGACGUAGGUCCUGGCAGAAAGUAAUAUACUCAGCUGACAGUGAAGUGUUUUUGAACACAAGGGUACCAGAUUGUGCAUUGGUCUAUAGCAUGAGAUCUUUUUGGGGUUUUUUUUUGACUGCAAUAAAGCUUCAGUGUUUUUGUUGAUUGCAAAAGGAGGAUGUUCCUUUCAGAGCGCUUUCAUCCAAAGAACUGCAACAUGUUGAGUGGCAAAUUGGCUCACAUCGUUAUGCCAGCUCCGAAAUUCUGCAUCUCCUGUAAAAACGCUGAUUAAUUAUGAAAUUUAACUGUUGGAAAAUUACACCCAUGUUUUUGAUAAAUUACAUAUCAACUAUGUAAAUUAACUGAUUCCAUCUCAGCAAAGAUAUUGUCUGUUCAGUCAAAAACAGCUCAAAUUUGAGACAUAAAGGCAAACACCUGUUAUGUCUAAGUAAAUUUGGUUACUGUCAGUUAUGAGGUCACAUUAUUAAACUACUGUACUAUACUACGGCAAUACCUCCAUUGGGCAUUUUGUUAAGGUAAAGACUUACCAGUUAUGAAGAACACACAGUAUUGGCAGUUCCAUUUGCUUUGUAGAAUGUAUUUAGUGCUACCAUAAUCAGACAGCAUUCAGUUUGUGUUUUGUAUCAUGUAUUUACUGAAUAAACAUUUACAUACACUUUUGUACAAAA